AUUGGCAUGAUAAAAUACAUCGUUAUAUUGCCAAAGUAUAAAACAUGACAUACAUAUUUAAAAUGCAUAAGUAUAAAUACAAGUAUACAGUGCAUGGAUAGAUAUGCCCCUGUUCAUAAACUCGCCAUAGACAUGUAGCCCUUUAUAGAUUGCUGCACGUUCUUGCAGCUGUAAACAGUACAACACAAUAGCAAGUUUAGCUAUUCAAUAUUAAUUUUUUAGUUAAUGUCGAUUAGUGUGUGCGUGCAUAUGUGCAUGUUGGUCAUUCACCGUCUCUCAGGUUAUGGCAUGCUCUCUGUCUCUGUCUCUCUCUGUGUCUGUCUGUCUGUCUCGCAUUGUUCCAGUGGCUCUGUGUACAUCUCCAUCUCUCUCCGUCUUCAUUGUUACUGUGUGAUCUCUUCCUGCUGUUUUUUGUGACGUGUCCUGACGUGAGAAGGGGGCAGGCAGCCAGCCAGUCAUUGAGUUUGAGUCUCGCUGUCUGUUGUGAAUGUCUCCGGGUGUCAGGCUGUUCGCUCGACCUCUUGACUUCUAACGAUGCGUUUGCGCGUCUGCCCGCUCGGGGCUGAACACGGAGUUUCCCAGGCGUGAGGACAAGGGAAGGAAGGAAGGAGGGAAUGGGACAGCUCAACAAAAAGCAACAGCUCACUCUUGUUUUGAUGCCAUGCUCCUGGUUUAGCACCGCGAUGGCGGAGAGCGCUGCCCGGCAGCAGCAGCAGCAGCAACAGCAGCAGCGGCAGCAACAGCGGCAGCAGCCCCGAGCAACAGCGGCAGGAGGUGGACUAGGAGUCGGACCAGCUCAGCACUCACACCGGCUACAGAGCCGCCGAGCGGCAGGUACUUUCUGAAGCAAGCCUGCCCGCCUGCCCGCCCUCCAGGAGACCGGUGGGAGGGAGAGGACAGGAGCAGUGGAGGUGAUUCGGUGUUUCUUUGUUGAGAUCUUACUACCCCUCUCACUGACUCACACAAACAAACAAACACACAGUCUGUGCUCUUACAAAAAAACCGUCUCCUGCCAAAUGUGUAUCAACUGAGGAGCCCCGGUCGACACUCACUCACCCACCCACCCACUCCGCGGCGAGUGGUGAGGGGUGAUUCCCGGGAGAACAAUUUGGGAACAUUUUUGGGGCAAAGGGAGUGAAUCAGAAGUUUACUGAUCCAGGAUCGGUUGGGAAGGGCAUUCGUUCGUCAAUUUCAGUCAUGGGACCAAAACAGAGCAUCCCGACUACAAACGGGCGGACCCGAGCCUACUCGGGCUCCGACCUGCCCUCGGCCACGGCCAGCAGCAACGGGAGUAACCGCUCGGUGGCCGGUUCCAGCGGCUCGGGGCCCGUGUCCGUCUCUGGUGCCGGGGUGACCAGCGCCUUGGCCGGCGGCCGCUACCACUAUGUGAGCCCGGCUGCUGCUGCUGGAGGUGGAGGGGGCAGCAGCAGGGGGUCGGGGUCGGCGGCUGUGGCCGGGGCCAGCAACCGCAACCAGUCCCUCAACAUUCCCAACAGCGGCGGCACCUACAGCUCCCAGGAGGAAUCGGAGAGCAGCACCCCGGAGGAGAGCACGGGGGAGCGGCCGGGAGGCCACGGGGGACCCCGGCUACUGAUCGGAUCGCUCCCCGCUCACCUGUCGCCUCACCUGUUCGGAGGUUUCAAGUGUCCAGUGUGCUUAAAGUUUGUUUCCACGGACGAAAUGGACUUGCACCUUGUAAUAUGCCUGACCAAACCAAGGGUGACCUAUAAUGGUAAGGAGUUAAUUUUGUUGAGCGCACUCAUUGUGAUCUUAUAUAUAGCGGGCGCCGCACGAUGGCUGCCUCGUCAAUGGUCUUUCUUUUCCUUCUUUGUGUUUUUAGUUUGUUGUAAAAUGUAUGUGUUAGUUUAUCUUUAGUUUUGUAUUAUGUAGGGGAUGGUGGGGGUAACUUUUCUUAUAUCUUUCCUCGACGGAGAUGCAACUUUGUUUGUGUCGUAUCUCCGUCCGCACUGCGGCCUAACAUUAUGGAGUUGGCGGCCUCUUGCUGGGACUUCUAGAGCUCCAAAAAUGUGGAGCCUGUGGACUUUAACACAGGACUGCUGGUUUUGUACAUUGGGGCUGUUAGCUAUAUGGAAUUGUUCCUGCCUUGGACAUGUGGCUCAGAUAUACACCGUUUUGGUCUCCUAAUCUGAGGAAAGACAUUCUUGCCAUAGAGGGAGUACAGAGAAGGUUCACCAGACUGAUUCCAGGGAUGUCAGGACUUUCAUAUGAAGAAAGACUGGAUAGACUCGGUUUGCACUCGCUAGAAUUUAGAAGAUUGAGGGGGGAUCUUAUAGAAACUUACAAAAAUUCUUAAGGGGUUGGACAGGCUAGAUGCAGGAAGAUUGUUCCCGAUGUUGGGGAAGUCCAGAACCAGGGGUAACAGUUUAAGGAUAAGGGGGAAAUCUUUUAGGAUCGAGAUGAGGAAAACCUUUUUCACACAGAGAGUGGUGAAUCUCUGGAAUUCUCUGCCGCAGAAGGUAGUUGAGGCCACAGUUCAUUGGCUAUAUUUAAGAGGGAGUUAGAUGUGGCCCUUGUGGCUAAAGGGAUCAGGGGGUAUGGAGAGAAGGCAGGUACAGGAUACUGAGUUGGAUGAUCAGCUAUGAUCAUAUUGAAUGGCGGUGCAGGCUCGAAGGGCUGAAUGGCCUACUCCUGCACCUAAUUUCUAUGUUUCUAUGUUUCUAUGUGCUUUGCAAAACCAUUAAUCCUAAGAUUAUUCCGGUAUUACCGCUGCUCCUGUUUAUGAACAAAUUAUUCAGGUAAGACCCUGGUUUUAGAAAGUGAUGAUAAAAU